AUGGGAGAAGGCAUCCAUUCCCAUCCCUUGUCCGCUCUCGCUACAGCGUUGGCUGCUUCUUCUCAGUUGAAUAAUCUUCCCGCUCUUCCCCAACAGAGCAACUCCACGUCACGAUUUGUCUUGCAACUUCUAGAGCAGACUUCGACGUUUCAGCGACAUUUGGAUCACCCCUCUUCUGCGCCCGGAGGCUUGCACCUCAAUAAUACUAUGGAGUCUCUCCUGCAGCAGCUGGUGAUGCUUUGUGGGCAGGUUCCAAGCGCGCAUAACGCGCCCAAUGCAACAAAGCUGGACACUUUCGCAGGUACAUUGGAAGACGAUGAGAGAAUCUGCAUAGAUGCCAUCACGUCAGGGAGAAGCAAAGGUCUUACCACACGUCAAGCUCUCGAGGGUCUGCACGGUGUCAACAAUCAUACUGCCGGCUCAUGGAAGGACUAUUAUCUUGAAUACCAAGCGCACCUGGACGCACUCAUUAUAAAGCGGAAGUCUCAAGGCCCCUCUAGCAGUGUGCACAGGUCUUAUGUUCCUAUGCCGCGGCACACCCAGUAUGACGACUUAACACAUCCUGUGUCGCAGAGGUCGUCUGGAUUGGGGUAUACGCGAGAUCAAGAUGGACGAAUACCAACAGUCAUAUCCGCACGUCGAGAAAAUGCAGCAAUGCCAAAUUCCACCGGAUCUUUGGAAAGGCAACACGAAGCACAGGCUGUCACUUCGCGAAAACGGGUGACUCCUAGCAGUCGCUCUCGGAAGCGCGCUGUCGUGCAUCUCCCGUCACCUCCGUCACGUUCACCUACGCCCCCUCCGGCUGUCGAUAUGUAUCCUGGUCGCAAGACUACACAUGAGGAAAGGAACUUCUUGGUCAGAUCGAUACAGUGGCAGCUAAGACAGGAUCCCGGGACAAGCUAUCAACGGAUGGCUGCCCGGUUAGCGGAGAAGCUCCCUGGUCGUACAUUGAGUGCUUGGAGACGGAUUGUUUGCAACACAUGUCGGAAAACCGUCGACGAGUUGAUCGUUCAAGCUAAUGUCGUCACUCGUGAAGAGGAGCGCUCUGAUAGAGAACGUCAGGUAUUCAACGACGGAUAUGAGCUAAUAUACCCUUCAGAAGAUGAUAUAGAUGAGUGCGAAGCCGCCUCCCAAUCGUCAAUCGAGUCCGACGCCCAGGAGGCGUACUUCAACGACGCGCAUGGUCCUGCACGUCGGAUGCUAAACCAUGUUUCUACUGACAUGCGAUCGAUGGCUGAAUUCAUUGCUCGCGAUGCAACAUGGGGCAAUGCAUCUCGAGCCUCUUCGUGGAUGUCAUUCGAGGCGAAGUCUUACACGUGA